ACUUGGAAGAGAAUGAAAAUUUAAGAGAAAUUAUUUAGAAGUUAGUUUUAAGAAAUGGAGAAUCUGAUGAUUACUUGUAUCUCAAAACCUCCUGUAAAAAUCCCAACAAAACAUGAAAACUUAUCAGAAUUUUCUCAAACUCCAACCAAACUCACCUUCUCUUACACAAAAAACACCAACUACCCAAAAUUCACAGACAACCAUUUAAAGUGCCUGGCACGAAAAGGCCGUCUAACCGAAGCUGUAACCGCUCUUGAUUCAAUUGCUCUCUCUGGGUCCGAGGUAAGACCCAAUACCUUCAUCGAAUUACUUCAAGCAUGCAUCGAUUUCGGCUCUCUUGAAUUGGGUCGAAAAAUCCAUGCCCGGAUCCAUUUAGUUAAGGAAAGUGACCCCUUCGUUGAAACCAAACUUGUAAGCAUGUAUGCUAAAUGCGGGUCCUUUGCUGAUGCUCGUAAUGUGUUUGAUAAAAUGAGCGAAAGGAAUUUGUACACUUGGUCUACAAUGAUUGGUGCGUACACCAGAGAGUCGAGGUGGAAGAAAGUUGGGGAACUUUUCUUUUUGAUGAUGGAGGAUGGUGUUUUGCCUGAUGAAUUUUUGUUUCCGAGAAUUUUGCAAGCUUGUGCGAAUUGUGGUGAUGCUAGGACCGGAAGAUUGCUACAUUCUUUAGCAAUCAGAUUGGGGAUGGUUGAUUUUACACGUGUUAGUAAUUCGAUUUUAGCCGUAUAUGCAAAGUGUGGGGACUUGAGUUCUGCGAGGAGUUUUUUUGAUUACAUGAAUGAGAGGGAUGGAGUGACUUGGAAUUCAAUGUUAUUAGCGUAUUGUCAGAAGGGUGACAGUGAUGAAGCUUAUAGAUUGUUCAAUGGGAUGUGGGGUGAAGGAAUUGAACCUUGUAUUGUUUCAUGGAAUAUAUUGAUUAAUAGUUAUAAUCAGUUAGGGCAAUGUGAUGUGGCUUUGGGAUUGAUGAAGGAGAUGGAGAGUUCUAGAGUAAGUCCUGAUGUCUUUACUUGGACCUCAAUGAUCUCAGGGCUUGCUCAAAAUGGUAGGAGGUGGCAUGCCUUGUUUUUGUUUAAUGAGAUGCUUUUGGCUGGGAUCAAGCCUAAUGGUGUUACUAUCACAAGUGCAGUUUCAGCUUGUGCUUCCUUGAAAGUAUUAAAGAUGGGACUGGAAAUUCAUUCAACUGCCAUUAGGAUGGGCAUAACUGAGAAUGUGCUCGUUGGGAACUCCCUUAUUGACAUGUAUGCUAAGUGUGGGGAACUGGAAGCUGCGAGGCGAGUCUUUGAUGUGAUUGAAGAAAAAGAUAUUUAUACUUGGAAUUCAAUGAUAGCAGGAUAUUGCCAAUCUGGUUAUUGUGGGAAGGCUUAUGAACUCUUUAUCAAAAUGCAAGAGUCGGAUGUGAAGCCUAAUGUUAUAACAUGGAAUACCAUGAUCUCAGGAUACAUACAGAAUGGAGAUGAAGAUCGAGCCAUGGAUCUUUUUCAACUGAUUGAACGGGAUGGAGAGAUCAGGAGAAACACAGCAUCCUGGAAUGCUCUUAUUGCUGGUUUUGUGCAACUUGGGGCUAUAGACAAGGCAUUUGGAGUUUUUCGAAAAAUGCAAUCAUGCUCCAUUGGUCCAAAUUCAGUAACUAUAUUGAGUAUCUUGCCUGGUUGUGCGAAUUUAAUUGCCGCAAAAAAGGUGAAAGAGAUCCAUGGUUGUAUUUUGCGUAGGAAUUUAGAGUUUGUACUCUCUAUUUCAAAUUCUCUAAUAGACUCUUAUGCAAAGUCUGGUAAUAUUUUAUAUUCUAGAAACAUAUUUGAUGGAAUGCCAACUCAAGAUAUAAUUUCCUGGAACUCAAUAAUAGGUGGUUAUGUUUUACAAGGUUGUUCCGAUGCUGCCCUGGAUCUCUUCAACCAGAUGGGAAAGUUGGGGCUUAAACCUAAUAGAGGUACCUUUUUAAGUAUUAUCCUUGCACAUGGUAUUGAUGAUCAAAAACCUGUAACAGUUGGACCAUGGGGAGGCCAAGGUGGAUCUUCUUGGGAUGACGGAGUUUACUUCACGAUAAGGCAAUUGGUGAUAGCUCAUGGAUCCGGCGUUGAUUCCAUCCAGAUUGAAUAUGAUAAUAAAGGGAACUCUCUUUGGUCAAAGAAGCAUGGAGGAAAUGGAGGCUCUAAGACAGAUAAGGUCAAACUUGAUUUUCCAGAUGAGUUUCUUACUUCAGUACAUGGAUACUAUGGGAGCCUGAAGGAACGAGGACCAAUUCUUGUUCGGUCGCUAACAUUUCAUAGCAACAAGAAAACGUAUGGACCCUUUGGUAUUGAACAAGGAACUGGUUUCUCAAUGACCAAGGGCAAGAUCGUUGGAUUUCACGGCAGGAGUGGUUGGUAUUUGGAUGCAAUUGGAGUGCAUUCGAAGGCGAUCCCGAACCUAAACCCUUCAAAGACUAUGACUCAUGCCGUAAGUUAUGCUGCUGAUGGAGCUGAAAAAAGUGGCUUUUCAGUGAUCCAGGGAAGUGUCGGAGAAAGCUAUGACAUUGUUCUAGCUGUGAGGCAGAGGGAUGGAUUUGUGACUCCCCAGCCAAAGGAACUCAAAAGGCAAAUUUCUAGUUCUAGUAGCUCCGACGAUUCAAGUGAUGUAGAAACUAAAAGCAAGGUUUCGUUUCGGAGUACUCCACAGAAACUUCCUCCAAAGUUACCGGAAGGAGUGUUAACUUAUGGACCCUGGGGUGGCCAGGGUGGAGCCAAGUUUGAUGAUGGAACCUAUACGGGUAUAAGGCAAAUCGUUUUGUCGCGUAAUGUUGGGAUUGUAUCAAUGAAGGUUUGCUAUGAUCGCGGGGGACAAGCAGUAUGGGGAAGCAAACAUGGGGGGACUGGAGGAUUCAAAACAGAAAGGAUAAUGUUUGAUUAUCCAUUAGAAAUUUUGACACACAUCACCGGAACAUUCGGGGCUUUAAUGUACAUGGGGCCUAACGUGAUAAAGUCACUAACAUUCCACACCAACAAAGGGAAACAUGGGCCGUAUGGAGAUGAACAAGGACCUUCUUUCACUAACAAAAUGAAUGAAGGCAGGAUUGUUGGAUUCAUAGGCAGAGAGGGUUUAUUUCUGGAUGCUAUUGGUGUACAUGUCAUGGAAGGGAAAGUACCACCUCCAAAACCAUCUUUUUCCCAAGCAAUCAUCCAAAGUGAAAAGACUAUAGCUGAGAUUGAUAACUCUCCAUGGUCUAAUAAACUGGUUCUAGCAAGGAGAGGACCAUCUGAAGAGGUUGCUUGUGGCGUGGUAAAAGAACCUUCACCAUGCGGACCAGGUCCCUGGGGAGGGGAUGGAGGGAGAGCAUGGGAUGAUGGAGUGUAUUCUGGGAUUAAGCAAAUAUUUAUUACCAAAUCUGAAGCUAUUUGCUCGAUUCAAGUCGAGUAUGAUCGAAACGGACAAUCUGUUUGGUCCAUAAAACAUGGAGGCCAUGGAGGGACCAUUACACAUCGGGUAAAAUUGGAUUACCCGCACGAGGUACUCAUCUGUAUAUCUGGCUAUUAUGGCCCCGUAAAUGAUGAGGAGAAGUCGAAAGUCAUAAGGUCGUUAACAAUUUACACCAGCAGAGGGAAGUAUGGUCCAUUCGGUGAGGAGAUAGGCACAUAUUUCACUUCGACAACUACGCAGGGGAAGGUGGUGGGCUUCCAUGGGAGAUGCAGCUCUUACUUGGAUGCUAUCGGAGUUCAUAUGCAGCACUGGCUGGGAAAUCAAAGAGCCUCAAAGAUGUCUCUCUUCAAAAUGUUCAGUUGAAUUCGCUGCUGCUCUUUUGGUUUACCAUAUGGUUAAGAUGAGAUUGGUGGCAAAUAAUGAAUUAUUACUAUCUUGAUUCAA